GAACCAACCACUCUCUCAUGAGGGGUUGGUUUGUUUUUCAAACUCCUGGAAGAUUCCAGGAGGCAACAGUUAAACCAGCACCAGGGGUAGGUUGGUAGCGCUGUUAGAGCAGGUGGGUUCUGCACAGUUCUCCUCAGCUUUGGACUCAAAGCUGAGCUGCAGGCUUGUGAGCAGGGGAGCCUUAAGUAAAGCAAUGAGCCCUGAGGAAAAGCUGGUAGCACCUUAAGGGGAGAGUGGAAGACAUGGGUUGUUCCCUUCACACACCCACCACUAGUGAUAGGUAAAGCAGCUUCCCCCCAUGUACCUUCCUCUCACCCAGAGACAGGAUGAUCUUCCAAGGCACAUUGCAGGGGUGUUUAUAGGUGGGAACACUCCCUCCCCCCCUCAUUUCCCACAAGUCUAAGGGUCAAAGAAGGGAGGAAAAGGCAGCUUUGGUCCUUCUGCUGUAUCCUGUCCUCUUAAAAGAUGAAAGCUGAGUCAAAGAGAACUGAGAGUGAGGGAAAUCUUCUCUCCAUAGAAGAAGUUUUUAGAAUCUUUGGCAAGCCACUGCUUCCACCUCCAGAUCCCUGGAGUGUUCCCAUGUCAUUACCCGAAAGUCCACCGGCAGCGAUGUCCAGAAAUGGGUAUUUUUUUGAAGAGACUGGUUAUCUUAAAUGUGACACCGAUGACGGCUGUGAGAACAAAGAAGAAGUAGGAGGAGAAGAGCUCUUUGACACUGUAAAUUCCUCAAUUGUUUCCGGGGACAGCAUCAGAUUCUUUGUGAAUGUCAAUUUAGAAGUACAACAGAAUGUAACUGUAGAAAGUGAAAGUGCUGGCUGUGUUUUAUUACAUACAUCUAGAAAGUACCUGAAGUUAAAGAAUUUUGAGGAAGAAGUCAGAGCCCACCGUGACCUGGAUGGGUUCCUGGCCAGAGCUAUCAUCAUACUGGAUGAGACAGCAACCUCCUUGGAUGAUGUCCUUCGAGAGAUGCUGAAACACUUCGCUGAAGAUUCUGACAACACCGAGCCAAGCUGCAACUUUGACAAAAUAAUGAGCACUUUAUUCACCGAUUCGGGAGCCCCCAGAGAAGGGAAUGUUCACCUCCUAUCCGAUACAAUUCAGGGGGUCACAGCAACUGUCACAGGGGUUCAAUAUCAACAGUCCUGGCUCUGUAUCAUUUGCACUAUAAAGUCUCUUCAGCGACGUCAUGUUUGCAUCAGCCGCCUGGAGAGGCCUCAGAACUGGGGGGAGAACUCCUGUGAAGUGAGAUUUGUCAUCUUGGUUCUUGCGCCUCCUAAAAUGAAAAGUACAAAAACUGCCACCGAAGUGGGCCGGACCUUUGCCACGAUGUUUUCAGAUAUAACUUUUCGGCAGAAGCUUCUAGAAACAAAAACCGAAGAAGAGUUUAAAGAAGCCUUGGUACAUCAGCGCCACCUGCUGACGGUGGUGAAUCAGAGACCCUCAGCCGUGAACGAGGGGCACAAAACACACAGCCACAAGCCGCUCAAGUUGCAUGAGUUUUUCAAUGUUGGCAAGGGAAUAUUUGAUGACAUAGCACGAAGAUUUCCAGUGUACGCUUUGGACUUCACUGAUGGGAUUAUUGGGAAUAACAAGGCCAUAGGAAAAUACAUCACAACGAUGAUCUUUUUAUAUUUUGCCUGCCUCCUGCCAUCCAUUGCAUUUGGUUCCCUAAAUGAUGAAAACACAAGAGGAGUUAUUGAUGUGCAGAAGACAAUUGUUGGCCAGUGUAUCGGUGGACUUCUUUAUGCUCUGUUUUCAGGGCAGCCGCUAGUUGUACUCUUAACCACAGCUCCUUUAGCCUUGUACAUCAAUGUGAUCCGAGGGAUCUGUGAUGACUACAGCUUGGAUUUUAGUGCUUUCUACGCCUGGAUUGGACUGUGGAACAGUUUUUUUCUUGUGCUGUAUUCUCUCUUUAACUUCAGUCUUGUAAUGAAGCUCUUUAAAAGAUCAACAGAAGAAAUCAUUGCACUUUUUAUAUCGAUCACAUUUGUGCUUGAUGCACUCAAAGGGAUUAUUAAAGUUUUUAAGAAAUAUUACUACCAUGAGCACCAAGGAGACAGUUACUUGGAAAGUACACGUGCUGAUGUAAUUCCAAGCCUCAGCAUCAAUACCACCUUCUUGAUGAAUUCAUCAGUGAGCAGGUCUAUGUCGCUGGAGAAUCAGACGGGCAUGAAUGAGGUCGUGCAUUAUGGACGUGAAACUGCUGUCCUUAGUCUCAUGUUGAUGCUGGGAACCCUUUGGCUUGGUCAUACACUUUAUCAGUUUAAGAAAAGCCCCUAUCUGCAUGCAAGGGUCCGCGAAAUCCUGUCCGACUGUGCCUUACCCAUAUCCGUUCUAACCUUCUCCAUCGUAGGCUCCUACUUCUUCAAGGAAAUAGAAAUGUCCAAAUUUAACUACAACCCAUCUGAGAGCUUAUUCGUGCUGGCCCCAAUCCAGUCUCUCUCAAUUGGCUCUGUAAUGAGUGCUAUGGGCCUGGGGUUCCUUCUGUCGAUGCUUUUCUUCAUAGAGCAGAAUAUAGUGGCAUCACUCACAAAUGCUCCAGAGAACAGAGUUUAUUUCAGGUUAGUGAAAGGAACAGCUUAUCACUGGGACCUCCUCCUUGUAGCUCUGAUUAACACGGGACUGUCUGUCUUCGGAUUGCCAUGGAUACAUGCUGCGUUCCCUCAUUCCCCAAUGCAUGUCCGAGCACUGGCCUACGUGGAAGAGAGGGUUGAAAAUGGGCACAUCUAUGAGACGAUAGUGAGCGUGAAGGAGACACGACUGACUACACUGGUGGCCAACUUCUUGGUGGGUCUCUCACUCUUCCUCCUGCCCUUCCCACUGCAGUGGAUCCCGAAGCCAGUCCUCUAUGGCCUCUUCUUAUACAUCGCCCUGACCUCCAUUGAUGGGAAUCAACUCUUCGAGAGGGUGGCCCUCUUGCUGAAAGAACAGACGGCUUACCCUCCGACGCAUUACAUCCGCAGGGUCCCUCAGAGGAAGAUCCACUAUUUCACAGGCCUACAGGUUCUCCAGCUCCUCAUCCUCUGUGGGUUUGGGAUGUCACCAUUACCGUACAUGAAGAUGAUUUUUCCUCUCAUUAUGAUAGGAAUGAUCCCAAUCAGGUAUAACCUGCUUCCUAGGAUCAUUGAAGCAAAAUACUUAGAUGCUAUGGAUGCGGAGCACUAAAAAUGAAUCUCUGCUCUCAGAACAGCGAACAGCUUUUCAAAUCAAAAGGAAAUGGCAGCCUUGCUGAGAUGUAGAAUUAUUUAUCUGAAGUUCUCUUUUGUUUAGAACCUCCAGAACUUUCUUUCUGCUCUAGUCUGGCACUUGGAGAUAUACGGUUGAAGACCAAUUGGCCAUUCAAGUUUCAGAUCAAAACAGCCUUGGAUUGAGAGGCCAGUACUCUUCUGAGUUUUGAGGCAAGCCAGCUUUAUGGAAAUGUCACCUUCUACAUCCUAAAACUUGAAGUCCCACAGAUCAAUGUGUUUCUCUUGUUGGAUUGUGCUAUGCUAGGGUUGCCUCACGUUCCCUUUUUUAAGGGGGAUCCCUUUUUUAUACACUGUGUCCCUUUUCCCAGAACACUAUUGAGAUGUAAGGACAGUAAUCAACCCUUGCUUUACAGAUUUACUGAAUAAUUUGGAGCUUUAAUGCAAUUACCCAUCUCUCCAGUUCAUCUUCCAAAAGGAUAGCCCUAUGUCAGAGGAUCUCGUCAAGUUAUUGAUUAGUAGUGGAUGGGCUGGGAAGCAAAAGAAUAUGGUUGUGCUGAGAUUGUGUAUUUAAUUUUUUCAUGUGUACCAGAAAUGUUCAGAGGUUGGAUUCACUUUGUGAUGCUGAUGUAAUUACAGCCGCUUGGGAAUGAGUUGAACCUAUUUUACACUGUUACUUCUCAGUAAUCGAAUUUAGAAUUGUAGGUGUGUACAGCAGCAACAUUUUGGUUGUGCCCAAAUUCACCUGGAUGCUGAAAUGUGGCAAAAUUCAGUCAUGUGCAUUAAUGUUCGCAUAUACAUAUGUACAGAACGGCCUAUGUGUACAUAUAUACAUACAUAAUUGAGAUUGGUGUAUAUAUUUUGCAUAUAUAUUAUACAUAUAUUGGAUAUCUAGGCAUAUUCUUUCAAGAUAUUGAAAGUGUUCUUGUGCAAUCAGUGUUACCUGUACUAUGUUGACAUACAUUUGCCCUUUGCUUUGGUGCUUCAUUUUUCUCCUUCAAAGCCAUUCUUUGUCAAACUGCAUUAACCCAAUUACUGAUCUUUUUUAAACAUACUGCUACGUUCAAACUUUCCUUCAUUUUCCUCUAGUCCUUUGGCUUUUGUGACCUGCAUCAUCCUGUCUGAAUGCUUUCUGACAUCUGAAUUUUCCAUUUAAUUUUAAUGUACAGUAUGUAGUGAAAGUUGGUUGUUUUCUAAUCAAUAUUUCUGUUUGUCACUUCACUGUUUCAGUUUUGUAGCUACCUCCCAUUUUCCCCCACCCCCAAACAUUACAUUAUAUUUCUGUAUGAAUUCUAACUCUCCUGCUAUCUAUUUUAUCUUUUGGUUUAUUUAAUUUAGCUGGUAUUGUGGUCAGUUUUUCUAUACUUGAAGUACUGUGAAACAAGCUAUCCUGUAGCGAAUUCCAUAUUCAUCUCUAGUGCAGCCAGGGGCAAACUUUACAAGAAAAGAAAGUGGAGCAAUGAAGAUAAUUUUAAAAAGCAAAAAUUAGGAUCACAUUACAAUAAAUGCAAACAGACAGUAGAUUAGUGCAGACAAGUGUUUUUGUUUCAAGCAAAUUGUUUGCAUAAUAAUUGGCGGUGAGGUUUAUCAGAGAGAAUACAUCGGCAAUUUGGCUUUCUUUACGAAGUAAAAAAACGCCUCUCUCCAUCGCUGAGAGGAACUGGGGAAGAAAGCUCAUAUGCUAAAACCAAACUUAUAAACCCAAACUCAAUAACUAGUUUGCUUUUAAUAACACUCAAAGGGAUUCCAUCAUAAUGCAAUUGCCUACAGCUUUGAAGGAAACUACUGACAGCAGAGUGUUCAGUUUCUCUUUGAAGUUUCAUAAGUUUCCCAUUGACAAUCCAAUGAAGGAGCACCAGGUUGUUCCUAAGGGUUUAUAUGUUACUGUCAGGGAUAAACAUUUAGCACAGUGAUUUCAGGGAAAUAGAUUCUCUACUUCAUUAGCCAUCUAAGCAGCAUUGUAUUACCUUGAAAAUGUAACCUUAUGUUCUACUCAACUCCUGCGGAUGUGCUGUGAGGGUCAUGGCCUAAUUUGGCCCCCUUAAUAAAUGAAACGUGGGCAUUGCCAUUCAUUUGUUUUUACUAGGAAUAUCUUAGCACACCAAAAAGUAAUCGCUGUAGUAACAAACAUGGCUAACUAACUAACAAACAGAUCUGACACUUUUUGCAUGAUCCAGAACAAGAAGAUAAGAAUUAAAGGCAACUAAAUUAUGCACAUUGACUAAUAUUCUUAAUCCUGGAAUCAGGUCUAUAGUAGGCUUGCUAGCAGUCAUUGCAGAAGUUUCAAAUUAAAGUUUAUUCAUUUUUUUAACGUCACCUAAAGAUGAGGUGAAUGUUCAGCAAACAAGACUGUUGUAUGGUCCAGAGGGCAAUCUGUGCCAGUCCACACAAAAAAGACCAGGUGACUCAAAAAGAGAACAGUAUUGAUAUCCAUGGUCGGAUAUGAAUUGCAAUAAGACAGUUUUCCAGCAAAUUCUUUCCUUCCCAGUGUAAAACACAUUGAAGUGAAACCCUCUGAAAAGAAGGUUGGGUGUCUCAAAUACUUUGGAGUGACCUGCGUGUUGAAAACAUGGGUGUUCGAACUACACAUUUGUUGUGUUGUGUAAUUGAUGCUUGGGCUCCCAGUGUUUAUGUUUCUAACAGUAGCCGUUAAUGUGAAAAAUCAGACUCCAUGCAUGAGAGGGUAUAAAGCACACGAUGGAUCCCCUGACUGGGAGCGGGGCGUGAAUGCUGCAUGCAAAGCAGCUGUUUCAAGUAAAAGUCCAUAGGUGAAAUUCAUCUCUGUGCAGUCUCAUGGAGCAUAAGUUGUCCAUAGGUUUUGGGUUGACCCUCUGCACAGGAGGUGAAUUUUGCUGUACACAUACAAUAAAUCUAGUUACAGAAAAGCCUAUGAGCGUACCUGCAAACUGCAUGAAAAUAAUGUAGGACUAAAAAGGAAAAAGAAAACCCUAAACUAUGUGCAAUAGAACAGCUACCAUAGGGUUCAUUGUUCACCUUGUAAACUUACAUGAGUUACCACGACCUGUCAUUUUUGCAUUGACAGACUGGGUGUGUUGCACUUAACAAAAGCCCUGGCAGGAGUAACCUAUUUUAAAUGAGCUCUUUCUCAGUUUCUUGAAAGAACCAAAAAUGCCCUUUACUUUUCUCUAAGUCUCUCUGAAAAUAGCAGUCCAGAUGCAGUGACAAACGUCGCUGAGUUAAGCAAUGUAAAAUAUAGAAAUAGUUACACUUCAAUAUGGUUUGGAGGCAAAUUAACCCUCACAGCUAAAAUAAACACCCUAACUACUUCUAUAUUAAGUUGUUGUUUUGGAACAGUUUGUGAUGCAAUUUCAAUCUCGCGUGUAUUUUCUUUUUACCAUAAACAUGACUUUGAUUUUGUUUUCCCCCAGGGUUUUCACUAUAUAAAUCAUGGGCCAGAGAAUCAACUGAUGUAAAUUAUCAUCAGUCAAUGCAGUCAAUAGCACUAUUCCUAUUUUCCCUAUCUGAGGAUCUGGCCCUACAUUCUAAUCUAUGGGUAUCAGAUGACAAGCUUGACUAUGUCAGAAUGUCUUGAAUUCUAUCAGGCUCACAAGGUACUGGUAAUGAUGAUCCUAUUUCAGACCCAAAAAAGUCAGGAUUUUCAUACAAGUACCUUUCCCUUCCUGUUACAAAUGAAAGUUCUUUUGCUUCUCUUUUUACUGAUGUAAGCAGGCAUUUCCAGGAAGUAGGCUAACUAAGAAAAGAGAGUUUGCUAAACAGAACUAUUUCUGCACUUUAAUACCUGUGUGAAGGUUAAGACAGUUAGAAUGUAAUAACCAAAAGUUUUCUUUUAUUAUAAGCUCUUUAGAUAGAUAUGCACAAUGUUAUGUAUAAAUAUUGCCAAAGAACUGGAUCUGAAAAGAUGACGAUUGCUGUUAAUUAAGAGGGCCUUGUGCUAUAUUCUACUGGAGUCAGACGGUAGUAAAUACCUGUGAAAUGACUGGAAUUUUGUAACCUAAAUUAGUUGCCAACAUCUGCCAAAAUUAUGAGGGUACUGGGAAAUAUAAUACACUUUUUUUUAAAAGGCUGUAGUUUGUAGGCACUUAAUGGUAUUGCUAGAAGUCAUCCUGAUCAGGUGGAGAUGUAAUAUUAAUUGAUAAAUAGGUCUGCUUGCUCUGAAAGUUCUUUUUAAAGCUGAUGAAAUGCUGUUGCUACAUUACACAUUGAAAUGGAUAUGUUGAGGUCUGUUGUGUGUAUUAAAGAAUGCUGGUGCUGUAUGGGCUGCUGAAUGUGCCUUCCAGAUUGCUCAGAAACUAACACACAAAAAUCUCCACCAAGCAGCGGCGAAGUUUGAAAGCCUUAUUGGAUGGUAAAAGCUAGCUGGUUACAUACCACCAGGUCACUGUUAGGGUAGUGACAUAAAAAAAUGCUACUUGGUGAAACAUCCCAAGGUAGAAUCAGAUAAUUGUACUGUGAGAAACACACAUCACUGAUGAACUGCCCAUGAAUUAAGGAUACAAUCAUAUAAAAACAAAUACAAUACACUAAGAUGCUGAAAUAUGACCAUUACAAGCCCUUGACUCGCUGCAUAUCACAGCAGGACCACACAAAAAAAAAAUCUUGAUGCACCCAGCUUCUAAAACAUGCAUCUCCAACUGAGCCACCGAAUUAAGCUAGCUUUUGGAGAGGUGUGCGCCUUCCAUUUCACUGCAUUGAAACCAUCAUCAGGAAAACAUAGUUCAACAGCAUGAUCUUGAGAGAAGCAGGAAUUUUGGUUCAAGGUGAUUGGAUUGUAGAUCUAGAUUGUUAAUCAGAACAAACAUUUCAUUUGCCAUCUCGAAGAGAGAGGAAAGUAACAUCAAUGGGAGAAGAUAUAUUGAUCUCACCUCAAGAACAGCCUUCAUGUUCCAGAUUUCUGCUAAGCAUUCACUUUGCACAUGUCGGAAUAGACAGAGAUAAAAGUCACCUAGAACAGUGAGAGGGUCACUUUUUAAAAUGUGCAUUUAUACUUGGAAGCUAGCUGGCAGCAGUAGCGAUGGUUUAAAUUAAUAAAUUGUUUGCCCUGUCUGUUUCCCAUACCAUGGCAUUGGCUACUGCUGCUAAAUCGUUGCUCUCUCUUCUCCUUGUGUUAACCAUCACACAUUCCUUCCAUGGAUCAUACAUCAGAGGCAAAAUCUACUCUUCUACUCUCCAUUCCAAAGACAUUGGCAAUGUGUCACUAUAGCAUGCCACUCAAUCUUCACUGGCCUGUACAAAUUCUGAGCUAGCUUUAAGGCGUAGGCAUGGCAACUCAUGCCAUCUCAGACAAUUAUGAAUCAAUCAUAAUUUCUGUUAUAUGAUUGUUGUGCUGCUGUAUGCAGCACCUCUUUAGAUGGUUAGCUUUCUGGUGCAGUUCUUGACUAGAGCAGGCCUUUCUUUCAUCUCUUGAGCUUCCAAAAAUACUGAAGUGAUGUGAUUGUCUAAUUUUCCUAGGUGUGUUUCCAAGGAGGCCUGUGGUGGUUAGAAGUGAAAAGCACAUAGCAUUGCCAAUUUGAUAUCAAGUUGCUUAAAGAAAACGUGCCUUGAACUCCCAGUCCUGUCCCCGGGGCUACAGGCCUGGCUUGGGUUACAGCAAAGAACUGGCAACCAGGAUUGUGUCAAGAGCUGAGGGUAUUGGAGGUUGCCAGAAUAUUUUAAGAGGUUCCAGAAAUGCCUAACAACUUCUAAUACCUUCUUUCACUGUGGUGUGUCCAUAAUCCUUAUGGCAUCUCCAGCAUUGUUGCUUCUUCACAAAUGCACAUGGUUGCCCUUCAAGCUAAGAAAAUCAGUCUAUAAUUUUUCUAUAGAAAAGUGCAAGAACAUGGAUCACUGGGUACGAUUCUGAACUGUAUUUGAUAGAACAUCUAUGAUGUCCUGGGGAAUGUAUUGCCUCUCCCUCCCCGUCUCUGCCUCUCCCGGUGAGAGAAUUCAGUUUCCAUUAUAAGACCCAAAGCCUGGAUGUUCGAUGAGUAGAGGUGGCCUGUUGUGCCAACAUGCAUAUGGUGGCAUUUGUAAUGUGGAUUCUUUUUGUUGUGAACCAAGCUAGACCAUCCAGCUCAUUUCACUUAGACUUGAGCUGAGCACCCAGGUGUGGAAAGCCACCAAAUCCCCCCCAGCUAGUAAACACUUCUAAAUUUAACUGCUGCUCCACUUCAAGCUUGAAAUGCACCAGUCCCAGUGAUUUCCUGUAUUGUCACUGUUGCACUGCUUUCUUGCUAUGGUGCUGUCCACUUUGUGAUUGAGCAAGAUGGCAGCAAGGAGGAAAACUGAUUAAAUGAAAAUCCUUUAGGUUAAUAGUCUUUGGCACUCUGUCCUCAAUGCGCAAAGAGACGAGCUGGCUGACAGUACCUUCACCUUAGUUACAUGAUCGGAUCCAACAGAAAAUCUGCGUAUCAGGUUCAACAUCUGAUGUAUCUAUUUCCGUACUUGGUUUACCAAGUUCAGCAGGGCAAUGAGACGCAUGUCAGCUUUGCUGGAAGUAGCUGAUCCAAUGAGUGCAGUAGCUAGGUAAUUAAGUACCAUGGUUUGCAGGAGAUCUGUUUUCAGGGCACGAUUAAUUAUGUUCAAUGAGUGACACAGCCCUCUCGGUAUAAACUAUUAAGUUCAUCAGGCGGUGUAUCUGUUUCAGUGAAAUACGUGUCUGAGCAGUAAUGUUCCAUACAUCUUUCCAUUAUUAAUGUAUCCAUUUCAAUGUGCAAUAUUUUGUAGCCCCAGACUUCCGGAAUUUGGGACGUGGAGCUCCUUCUGGUUGGCAACGACCCGCCCUUGCAAACCUGGGUGCGGCAGUUAGGGGCCUGACUUCAUACUUGGCCACUUAAAUAGGUGACCCAGUUUUUCAGAGGUGCUGAGCAUCUGCAACUCCCCUUGACUGCACUGAGAUUUGUGGGUGCUCAGAACCUCUGGAAACAGGUCGCUUCCAGCUAAAUGCCUAAACACAGAGUUAGGAGCCUAACUUGAAGCACCCAGGUCUGACUGUUGAGGCUGAGGUGCACCUCCACAACUGUACACCCUACUUGGCCGAUGGCAGUCUUGGCUCCAAAGAGACCCAGACAUAGAGAAAUGAAGUACAAAUGCAUGAGUCCGGCAAGCCCAUCACCUCCCUCGCCAAGCAUAGCGGUCGGUGGAAGUCUUGAGUUGUACCUACCUACACGUCAGCUGACUGAGCAUGUGUAAUGAGUAACUUGGGUUAGAGCGACCUUAAAGAAUAUGCCAGUUACAAACAGUGUUCUGUAUUUUCUUCUCCCUCUCCCCCUACCCACAUGGAGUAGUAUCUUAUUCCUCAGUUUCCACUGUGAAGAUUGGCACUUUGCCACGUGGGUAAGGCAGAAUCUGCCCUUUAAUUCUUACUUCCCUAAAGUAUUCACCCCUACAGGUUAUAUUAUGCAGCCAAGUCUCUUUGCCCUGUGUUGGACCUGCAAAGAGCCUGUGCAGAAAUGACAGAUUACAAUUCCCCACCUCCUUCUGGGAGAUACAGGGUAAUGGCAUAUACAGGUAAGCCUCAUGGAGCACCCAGAACCUAAAAACAGAGGAGCUUUAAUUCUCUGUUCCCUGAGAUAUUCAGAACUGAUUCUUAAAUCCUGUAUCCUGCUUCCAUACAAGCUAAUGCUAGAAAAGCUGCUGAGCUCAGACAAUCUGUUACAUGCCAGGAGAUUGCUAGGGGUGGUUUUAUUUUUUGACAUGUCACUUGGAAUGCAGCCAGUUAAUAGAUUUCUGUACUUGGUGACCAAAAGGUUUCCUUGACAGCUCGGCUAGGAGCUAGUCUAUAAAUAUUUUAAGUGGCAAAACACAAGUGGUUUGUAUUUAUAGAGGUGGAGCCUAUAGAUAUUGCACUUGCUAAGUAGGAUUUUAAACGCAUGCAUAUUAACUAGUGUUGAUUACAGUGAACGAUUUUCUUUUGAUAAAAGAGUUGCUUCUUGGGGAAAACAAUUCCUUUAUUGUAUAAGGAACUCUGUUGUAUUUUGAAACAUACAAAUAAAAAGAGAAAUAUACUGUUUAUAUAUU